AUGCGGGCUGCCGACGAUCCAGCCCGGAGGAGCGUCGUAACUCCUGCUUCGAUCCGGACAGAUGCUUCACAAGCAGGUUUCGACCAUCAUACCAGCACCAGCUUCAAGAUCUCCGGUCGUUCGAAACCACAGGCAGUGAUGAGAUCGCCGGCCUACUCACCUCUAUCGAUCGGUAGCAAGCGCCACAAGAUGGGCUUCAGCGACUGCGAUGAUAUCGAACCAGACGUCGAUACCAUCAGAAAAGAAUUCUGA